ACCCAUACCCCUGACUUAUGGCAGCGAUGCCAACCUGAAACACUUCAUAUCGUACGACCGCCACGGCCAUGCAGUCCUGGGCAGCACCGGAAAAUCAAUGGCGGAAGUAGAAAAUCAGUUGGUUGACGAGAUGGCGACAAGCUCAUCUACCGCCAGCGAACACUCCAGCGACGGACUGCGUAUGCGUGGUCCCAAGAGGGCCAUUCUCGGAGGCGCUAGGACAUCUUCUCGUCAGGCGGCUGUACCGCCUCCAAGUUCACAGCGUGUGAAUACAAUGUCAGAUUCCGAUUCGGACUUCAUGUCUCUGCGGAAGGCACCCGGGAGUGGGGUGAUUGCCUUUCCGGACGACUCGAAGAAGUCGGCUCUGGGAUACCUAUGCGAGAACGUGGUAGGCCCUACCUUAGAGGUGGCAUGGGAUGUGAAUGGGUACUGGAUGCGACGGGUGGUGUCUGCGCUUGUGCCAGCGCAAGUUAAAGUGCAGCUGCUGAGACAGCACAUGAACGCAGCAACCUCGUACGCGGAAUGGUACAAGCGUGCCAUGGACCUAGAUAUACUCGAGGGCAAGCAGGCCUGGAAAAUGGAGUUUGAGAGUGAUCUGUAUGAUAACCAGUUGAUUGAGAAGCGCCUGGAAGACCUCCGUAUCGCCCGAGCCAAGCGUGCGUAUGAUGUGCGUGAGAUGAUGUACCUACUGCGGUCCGGGUUGUUCCGCAAUCUGGGCAACAUGCUGAACCCCAAACUGUUCUCGCACUGCAAUGUGGGCACCAAACGGCUUAUUGAGAAGUACAACGACGAGGUCGUGCUGCAGCUGACGCAGCUACAAGACAUGGACAUUGAAGGGGCCCCGUUAGAGGCGCGCAUGGACUUCAUCCGUGAGACACGACAAGCCUUCGGGAGAACGGCGCUGUGCAUGAGUGGCGGUGCGACAAUGGGCUGCUACCACACGGGUGUGGUUUUGGCCCUCUUAAAGCACAAGCUGCUGCCACGUGUUAUUACCGGCUCGUCGGCUGGGGCGAUCAUUGCGGCGGUUAUAUGCAGCACCCCGGAUAAGCUGUUGUAUAAAAAGAUUAGUAGCCCGAUUCGCAUGGACGCCUUCGCGGAGGAUGAGGGGUGCGUA